ACCACAUCUAAAAGGAGCGUGGUUGAGUGAAGCCAAGUUUUGUUUAGUUGUUUUGGCUUCAAUAAGUUAAGAUGGGAACGUUUAAAAAAGAGAAAAGCAGAUUGGGCCGUGACGGCACCGAAAAAAAGCCCGGUAAUUUGCGUGUAAAAGGUGAAAACUUUUAUCGUAAUGCCAAGGAUGUUGCCAAGGUGAACAUGUUUCGUGGCGGCAAAGCUAAAUAUGAUGCAAAAGGUGAGCUUGUUCGUCCCGCCGAAUUUCAAUCGAAUGAAGUUCCAAAAGCUCGUAUUCAACCAGAUCGUCGUUGGUUUAAUAGUACUCGAGUAAUUGCGCAGCCUACGCUUACUCAGUUUCGUGAAGCUAUGGGUCAAAAAGCAAAUGAUCCAUAUCAAGUCUUGAUGAGAAGGAAUAAGCUGCCCAUGUCACUUUUGGAAGAAAAUUCUCACAUUCCUAAGGUUCGUGUCCUUGAAUCAGAACCUUUUGAUACUACAUUUGGUCCCAAGGCACAAAGGAAACGCCCAAAGAUUUCAGUUGAUUCUCUUUCCGACUUAGCAAACGCAUCGAGUGAAAGACAAAAUGCGUAUGAAGAAAAAGAAGAAGAACGAAUUUUGGCGAAUCCAGAACCAGAAAGUGAUGUUACGAUGGCUGCUCGGGAUGCUAUUUUUAACAAGGGUCAGUCGAAGCGCAUCUGGAAUGAACUGUACAAAGUUAUUGACUCGAGUGAUGUUUUGUUGCAAGUUCUGGAUGCUCGUGAUCCCAUGGGAACUCGAUGCCGAUCCGUUGAGCGCUAUUUGAAGAAAGAAGCUCCCCAUAAGCACAUGGUUUUGGUAUUAAACAAAAUCGAUUUAAUUCCGACUUCUGUUGCGGCAGCUUGGGUCAAAAUUUUAGCAAAAGAGUAUCCUACAAUUGCAUUCCACGCUUCUAUUAACAAUUCUUUUGGUAAAGGAUCCCUUAUUCAGCUUUUACGACAAUAUGCUUCAUUGCAUUCCGACAAAAAGCAAGUUUCCGUGGGCUUAGUCGGAUAUCCGAAUGCAGGAAAAUCAAGCAUUAUUAACACUCUUCGUAAGAAAAAAGUAUGCAAUGUUGCACCUAUUCCUGGCGAAACGAAGGUAUGGCAGUAUGUUACGCUAAUGAAGCGUAUUUUCUUAAUUGAUUGCCCUGGAAUUGUACCUCCUAGUUCCACUGACUCAGAUGCGGAUUUGUUGCUAAAGGGUGUUGUUCGAGUGGAAAAUGUCAGCAACCCAGAAGCUUACAUUCCAACUGUCUUAACCCGUUGUAAAACCAAGCAUUUGGAGCGUACAUAUGAAAUUUCUGGAUGGAGAGACUCAACCGAGUUUCUUUGUAUGCUUGCUAAGAAGAGUGGCCGUUUACUUAAAGGUGGUGAGGCUGAUGAGGCCUCUAUUGCAAAAAUGGUUUUGAAUGACUUUAUGCGAGGCAAAAUCCCUUGGUUUGUUGGACCCAAAGGUUUAUCAUCUGGCGAGGAUGAUGCUUCUUCCAAAACCGAUGAUAAGUUUACCAAAGAAACAACUGAGGAGCAAUUACAAGAAGACUCAGAAAAUGUAAAUGACAAUAAUAACAAAGAAGAUGUAGAAGAGUGGAAUGGAAUAGAAGAAUCAAAGGUGUCACCAGCUGAAGAAAGAGCGGCUGCUGAAUCUGCUACUGAUGAGUAGAUUACUCUUAUUAUGUCUGAUACGAAUAAUCAUAUUGGUUUUGGGGAACAAUGGCAAAAUAAUUUAAUCUUUUGGUUUUCACGGUUUUACUGUAUAUUAAUAAUAUUUGAGUUGAGUUCUAAAUGUUCUAAGUUUUCGUAAAGGC